GGGGGGGGGCGAGGGGCGGAGGGAGGCGUUUCUGUCAGUUCCGGCUGUUUGUUCGGGAAGUGGAUCCGCCGGGGCCCGGAGCUGCCGCGGAUCGCCAGGCCAGCCCGCCCGCCCGCCGCUCGCCGCCCGCCCCCGCCCUGCGGCUCUCCCUCCCUUCCUCCCUCCCUCCUCUCCGGCCCGCCCGGCCUGUCCCGGCCCGGCCCGCCGCCCGCCAUGGCCCGGGACUACGACCACCUCUUCAAGCUGCUCAUCAUCGGCGACAGCGGCGUGGGUAAGAGCAGCUUGCUGUUACGAUUUGCAGACAACACUUUCUCAGGCAGCUACAUUACCACAAUUGGGGUGGAUUUCAAAAUCCGGACUGUGGAGAUCAAUGGGGAAAAGGUCAAACUACAGAUCUGGGACACAGCUGGGCAAGAACGCUUCCGCACCAUCACCUCCACGUAUUACCGAGGGACCCACGGGGUCAUUGUGGUGUACGAUGUCACCAGUGCAGAGUCCUUCGUCAAUGUCAAGCGGUGGCUCCAUGAAAUCAACCAGAACUGUGAUGAUGUGUGCCGGAUAUUAGUGGGGAACAAGAACGAUGACCCAGAACGGAAGGUGGUGGAGACGGAAGAUGCCUACAAGUUUGCUGGGCAGAUGGGGAUCCAGCUGUUUGAGACCAGCGCCAAAGAGAACGUUAAUGUGGAAGAGAUGUUCAACUGCAUCACAGAGCUGGUUCUCCGAGCAAAGAAAGAAAACUUAGCAAAGCAGCAGCAGCAGCAACAGAAUGAUGUGGUCAAGCUCACGAAGAACAGUAAACGGAAGAAGCGGUGCUGCUGAUGUCCUGCCCGCGUUGCUGCAGAGACUGCGCUGUGGCCCCUCUGCCCGCCCGCCUACCGCCCGCCACGGGCCUGGGGGGAACGUUCUCAGUUUCGUGCCGUUAUUUAAAGAUGUUUUUCUCCACGUUUUCUAUUGGGAGGUGCCGUGGGCACUCUUUCCUCCCCUUGGAGUGCCAAGAAGGUGUCGGAUGAACCCACCCUCUCCUCCGUGCUUCCCCUCUGUCCCGGGGCCAAGGCGCCCACAGCACGGGUGCGGACGCUGCCAGCCGAGCGGACUGAUUAACCCAGAGUUUGUACAUAAUGUAUAUUGCUUUAACCAGCUGCGCCAUCCUUGUUUCGCUCAGGCUUUAGCCUCCUUAAUGCCAAUCCACCAGGACUCUCUCCUUUGUCCCUCCUGUCUCUCCUCGUUCGUGGACAUAAGCAGCUCCCCGGAUGUCAGGAUCAGGCCCUAGGCUUCUCUCCUGCCCCCUUGGACUGGCCAGAUGGGGCUGGGGACUCCUUGUUCCCUUGCUUAGGCUGCCACAUCACACCCUUGUGGCUUUUUGGAUUCAGCACCUCCCUAUCCUGUGAGCUGGGUCUGGGAUGAGAUUUUUUUCUGCCAGACCCAGGCUUCUUCCUCCCCUCCCCCACCUCCAGCCCCUUCCUGGCAGCUGGGGAGCCUCGUGGCCCCAGCCAGGGCCUCUCUUUUCACCCCAUUCUCUCGCUUCUCUCUGUGAACUUGAGUCCUGUCCUUUGGCCAAUGGAUAUUACUUUUUGCCUCCUGGCCACCUCCUCCUCGGUUCUCAGAACUGCAGGCACAGGAGUGUCUAGGCUCUUAAGUUUGUACCAAAAUGUUUAGAUUGCAGCAGAAAGCCAGGGGUGAAUGUGUGUGUGUUGGUCGGGAUUGUGGGGGGGGGGGCAAGGGUUACAGGUUUUUUAUAAAGAAAACGAAGCCAAAUCAAAUCAUUUGAAAAAAUCCCUUGGCCCUGUCCCUUGGAACCUCAGGGGAGCAACGGCAGCAGUGGAGGCAGUGCCCCACCCCUCUGGUGGCCCCAGGGUUGGAAGGACUGAAACAAGUUAGAAAUACUGAGGCCUGGGUUCUUCGUGCUCUAGAACAACCUUCUGGACUGUUUGUCUACAGGGCAGGGAUGGAACGGGUUUCAGAUCCUCAGUUUCUCCAGUGGUCUGUGGCUAUGGGGAGCUUGAGGAGGGGAUGUGGGGCUGCUGGCCCUGGGGAGAGGACUCUCUUCAGUUGGGUGACUGGUUCAGAUGAGAUCAUUGACAGCCCAGUUCUUGGUCCAAAGGAGAGUGGGGCCAGGCAGCACUGACAGCUUCUAGGGGAUGGGAGGAAGGGGCGCUGGGGCAGAGAUGGGGGCUGCUGAGCAGAACUAGCAUAGUCCCAUGGGCCCCUGGGCCCCUGGCCAAGGUCCUCAGCACUUGAAUCCCAUACCUCCUUAACACCCCCCUAAAAAGGAUCACGUAACAUGGGAGUAAUUUAUGUUUGCUGCAACUUACUUUAAUAGAUUUUUUUUUCCUAAAUGAUUUCCAUGCAGAGUUUUGAUUGGACAAUCACGUCACGGAUCAGUCACUGCAGAUUUUCCAUGUAAACACUGUUGGGCGGGUUUUUAAUCAAUAAAAACUGGGGAUGUCGUCUACCAGUCUCCUUGUCCCAGAACUGCCAUAAGCUUUUGCUUCUCUCUGGGCCUUUGCUUCGGGGCAGUGGAGGGGGAGGAACUGGGUUGGGACUUGGGUGGGGAUGGGAAGUAGGCUAAUUAGGGAAAGUGCUCUGGAAGUUGAAGUAGAGGGUGGCGGGAGUACCCCAGUACCAGGCAGCCAUCCCACCUUCUCCCUGCUCAUCCUCGCCGGGGGGUGACUUUUGGGUGGGAGCUGGUUUGCUGCUGCUUAGGGCUGUGCUGGAGAUGGGGCUGUAGGUGCCCCAAGGGAUGCCCAGGAGUCCCAGAAUCCUGCUCUAUCCCAAGUACUGGAUUUUAUUGAUUCCUCUGAUGUGAAAGUUAAUCAGUAUCUGUGAUUUGAAACUGAACCAGCUGAGGAGGUGAGGGCCCUGCCCGAGAGAGUAGAGAGCCUUCCCACGCCUCGGUGGUGGGGUGUGUUCUGGUGGAGGGGCCAGCUCUGACUGGGGCAGUUAGGCCACACGGACAGGGAGGGACUGGGUGGGAAGGGGAGGGGGGGUAUGGGGAGGGGCUGCAGCCCUAGGAGAUGCAAUGUGAAAUUUCCUGUCAAACAAUGGAACGUUUCAGUGGUCUGCUAGGAUUAUUUCUGUAUUGAAAGUUUCUAAUUAUGCUUUUUAAAAAAAAUACUAAAAAUAAAGGUUACAAGCUGCCAAAUC